AUGAAUCGUCGCGACGAUCCAAACCCCUUCGAGGAGGAGGAUGUGAAUCCCUUCGCGGUAAUCCCGCUCCCCCCUUUCUUGUCUGUCCGCUGUUCGAGUCUCGUUUUGUUAGCCGCGUUUGAGGUGGAGUUGUCGCCAUGUGGCGCCGGUGUGGUCUGGAUCUCGCUUUUCUUGGGUUUUUUUGGUCUUCGUUUCCCGGGGGAAGCGCUCCCCGAAGAUGUGUGCUCCGGAUGUUUACAGGCUGCUCGGAAAAUGCCGGCGUAUCGGUGGAUCUAUAGAGUUCCCGGUUAGUCGCAUAGUCUGUCUUAUCGGGAUUCCACGUGGGAUCCCUGGGAGGACGGUAUCACAGGUUCUGGAGUCUUACAGCGAGGGUGGUUCUAUUGACCGGAUACAAAGAAGACGCAGGGAUCACGGAAAUAUGCUUCUGCUUUCCGAGCAACGAGAUUUUCCCUCAGAAUCUCGAAGAAUAUCGUUCCGUUUCAGUCUCAGUGUGUAGCGAAACGUGUUGGUGCAGUGGUGAGAUUCUAUCAGAUGUAGUGCCGCAUUCUCUGCGACUAGGUCACGGGUUGACGCGCCGAAAGGAAGCGAACACUGCCUGGCUGAGGGUUGGACUACUUUGGGACCUGCCUGAGAAAUCCCCUCUCCGUUGGUAUAGCGCAGGGUGUUCUGCAUUUUCCAUUUGAAUUGACUGUAGGCAAUAGAGUAAACCAUAAUAGAAAGAAACAGGGCAUCUUUGUUGUCUUUUUAGCGGCUCUUCUCGCACGCAUGAGACAGAUUCAGAAUUUGAAAAUAUUAUAAUAAUUGAAAUUGAGUUUGUUUAAGAACAGGAUAAAAUCGAAAUUUUGGAAAGAACAGCCUAAUAAAUUAAAGAGGUCCUGAGGAGGAAGCGCACUUCUGUUCUGUGUGAACAUAUCCAGAAGGCAAUAUCGCAGCUAUUGAUUUUUUUGGCGUAAACUAACAUUGUUUGUCUCGUAGUCCAGCUGUGGUGCAACCCUUUCUGUCUUAAAAAAAAAUAUUAUUAAUGCCUUCGUAGCUAUUGAUUAUUUUGGCGUACAUGACGUUUCCACAAGUGAUGACCAGCUAAGGCUGAUUUGUGGUGCAUGAUUUUCAUGCUAUUAGGUAAGCGGUGAUUAUAUACUAUUAGGUAACUAGAAUUAUGUAAGUCGUUCAAAUUUUUAAAAAAGUUCCCUUUCUUUUAUGCAAUACAAGAGAAUUCGCUAGACAUUCGAUAUUUAACAACAAAUAGGUUUAUUUGUGCUGUAAGUGAACACCUGGGAUCCAACAUCCGUUCUUGUUUUAAAAUGGUUUUCCCCUUUUGAAAUGAUGGUUGACAUGUUUUAUUUCAGAAUUAGUGUUGGUGAAGUCUUGUCCUUAUUGGUUCAAGCACACAUUCAUGUAUGUAUUUUGUUAUAGAAUGGUGCAGGCUCAAAAGCACGCCCUACGCCUCUGACCUCUGACCCUCUUGGAUACGGCAACAGGCAUGAUGCAACAGUUGACAUACCUCUGGAAAACAUACAUGUAGGUGGUCAGUUUUGAUAUAAACACCGGAUGUCAUGUGUAUUUAUCACUGGAUAUAUUCUUGAGCAAUAUGCUCUUGGUUUCUUUCAGGAUCCUAAGAAAAAGGCGAAAGAUCUUGCCUCCUGGGAAGCAGAAUUGAAAAGGAAAGAAAAGGUAACGUUAUUUCUAUCAAGCUAUCCUUUUCCUUGGAAAUUCAGAAAGGUUAUUUACUUUUUAAGUAAUAACGUAUAGUUUUCCUUGUUUCCUGAUUAUGAGGAUUAGUUGCUUUACUUCCUCUUAUUGGUACCUCAAUACAUGAGAUAUCUGCCCUACCGUGCUCUUUGUGAUCACUAUAUGGUCAACUUGUUGGUCCUGAUUAAAAUUCUUAAUUCCAACCCCUGUCAGAUACUUGUUAAAGAAAAGUAAUAAAAAAUAUAUAAAAGAUACUAGAAAACUCAAGUUAGUUUCCAACGUUUACUUUUUUAGGGCAACCUGGGUGAUGGCCAUUUUCGGAUUUUUAUCUUCUCUUGCAUGGUCAAGUCAAUCUGAAUUGAGCAGUCUUGUGACACUGAAUCACAGUUGAUACACGAUAGUUUUUUGCUUAAAUAUCAUCUAAAUCUGUUUUCAGCAUGUUGAAAUUUUCCUUUCACAUUCUAUAAUGCUCUUUAUCCUAUGAACGAAUGAAGUUACGGGCAUAAUCUUAACUAUAAAGUUGUGCUGUUACAGGUUACUUGAUGUUUUUUACACCAGUAUCGAUCUAUUGCAGUGACUCUUAUCUUCUGCUUGUCAUGAAGAUUCCAGAGCAGGAUUUCCUUGUUCAUCUAUUUGAUUAGUCUGAGAAAAAAAAAAUUCACAAGCACCUUUUUGUCGUACCUUUUUGAAUGCAUAUGUAGAAAACUAUCAAUUUCCUGGUGCCGAUGUUAUUAUGUGACCUUGGGCUUCUAAAGCACUCAUGAUAACUUCCCUCCAACUUCACUACAGCAUCCACUAAAAUCCACAACGAGCAUGCUUCUUUACUCCGAACUGCUGUUUGAGUGCUGCAGUGCAUACCAAAGUUGAAUAUUCGGAACGUUUUAUUUGAUCCCUCUUUUUGUUACAGGAGAUUAAGAGGAGGGAGGAGGCUUUGACAAGUGGUGAUUUCUAAAUUUCUAGUUUAGUUCGGGUUGAUAUUUUUAUAGGAUUUCUUUUUCAUGCAAAUUUUAACUGCUUUUUAUGAUUCAAAAAACAGCUGGUGUACCCAGGGAAGAGAAGAACUGGCCCCCAUUCUUUCCUAUAAUCCAUCAUGAUAUAUCUAAGGAGAUACCCAUUCAUGCACAGCGGCUGCAAUAUCUAGCAUUUGCAAGCUGGUUAGGUAUGGGAAAUUUUCAGUUAUACUUGUUUGUUCAAUGUAAGUAGCAUUCUCCAUGUUCAUUCCGGAUUGUGCUUUUGGUUCAUUAAAGGAUACUUUUCCAUAACCUUUUCUCUGAUGCUAACGGAGAUAAGGACGGGACACCAAUCAAAACUGGUCCUGCCAGAGCAAUGUUGAGAUCCAAUUUGCAGGUGUCUGCCAAGUUGUCCCUUUGAAUUCUGAGCCUCCGACUCUGGCAUUAGAAGAGUGGAGCCAUGUUGAUGAUGAUAGUUAGAUGCUGGAGAGAGCAUGUGACGAAAGUGUUAUGUAUUCGUCUUAUGGAAAAAGCUCUGAUCAUAACACCAACUGUGCCUUUCCCCAUCACUGGUUGGCAGGGUUUACUGGUUGGCUUAACGUCACCACCAGUUGGGCAAAUCCAAUAUCUGGAUUCUGUGCCUGCAGGAGUUGGUAAAAUCCAGCGAUUGCAGUAAAAGGGCUUAGGGCUUACGAGUAAACAAGCUUUGACCAUCGUUGGUUGUUAAGAUACUUCUAUUUUCUGUCACUCUAUCAAUCAGGCAAACCCAAGAUUUGUUGAAAGAAGGCUUUGAACUUUGUAACUACUGGGCAUCAACCAAUUACUGGUCAGAAAAAUCCAAGAACUUGACUAGCGUGCAUUAUUAUUUCGGCAAAUUCACCCAGUGGAGCAGCACCUUGGUAAUUUGGUGCAGUCCAUCAUGUGGGUCCUAUGCAAUGACAAGUUGACCAAGUCCCACUGAUAUGGAAGAUGGUCUUAUGACUUACCACUUGGCCCUACCCCGUCAUUAGUUGGACAAAACCAAAAGAUGGGUUACCUUAUGCCAAAAUCAGUUUGCCGUAUCCCAUAAAUCUUCUCCUACCAAAACCUAAGUUGGACCUACCGAAUCCUCUCUUAAGUGAAAUCAAACACACCAUCAAAUGAAUUCUGAUCUGUCCAAGUCAGUGGCUGCAAAAAACUAAGUGAUUCCAAGGUCUUCUCCAAGUGGGAUACAACUUAAAAAUUGCAAUUAUUAUUUUCAAUAAAAUGAUGUCAUGCGGUGAUUUUGAUGCAUUCACCUGCUUAUUUAAAGUCCGUUUUCUAUGACUUUUGAAGAAAAUAUGAAUACCAGAAAUUCUCGAAAAUAUAUAGGUACCGAAACUUGAUACGAAACCCGAAAUUCAAAGUUGCACUCAAUGUUUUAUUGAAUGCAUUCUUUGUUGUUAGUGAAUGUGGGAUGCUCUUUAUCAGAGGAGUGCAAUUGACAUUGAUAGUGGUUAAUUGGAAGGAUCUAUAAUGUAAAUGGCGGACAGGAAUGAUGAAUAUGUCUCAAAUGUUGCAGAAGAUAUUGUAGCGAAAAAAAAACCCAUGAAUAGAAAACAAUAAAUCUCAUUAACACAGGCAUUUUUGAACUUAUCUUUAUGUGCUGCCACUUAUUAUUGGAGAAUUUGAUGAUAUGCUCUCAUAUUCUUCAGAAGUUUCUGAUAUUCCAAGUGUAGACGUUUUUCAUGCAGAGCUGCUCGUUAUGCUCGCUGACUUAUUUUCCUUAGUGGGGAUUCAUUAGUGCAUAAUUUGUGAGCACCAUUAUAAGAUCUGGUGUCAUCGUUCUUCAUAUGUGAUGUGGAAAGUCCCUCAUUUUGGCUGGGCAUUUCUUUCUUAUCAGAUACUUGGUUAAUGACCUGGUUUAUUAAUUAUGAUAUUAUGCUUAUUUCUUCUCUUUGAGUUGGGAGUAAUGUGCUGAUACUUGAUUAUGGUGAUAUUUAAUUAUAUCUAUUCUUUGUGGUUCUCAGAUGUCAGUUGAGUAUUGAAUCUGGUUAACUUUACUGCUCUAUUAAUUUAAAUUCGCUUAUGAUUGUUCUUGCUUGCAGGUAUAGUACUAUGCCUUGCGUGGAAUCUUAUUGCUGUGUCUGUCUGUUGGAUCAGAGGAGGAGGUAAACUUCUUGCUUUUCUGCAUUAUGGCUACCUCUUUUAGCUUUGUUUUUUUCUUUCCUUUUUCUGAGAAAUCUCACUAUUGUCAGGUGUGAAGAUCUUUUUCCUGGCAGCUAUUUAUGCAAUUCUUGGAUGCCCUCUUUCGUAUGUGCUUUGGUAUAGGCCUCUAUAUCGAGCAAUGAGGUAUAUGCUUGUUUAAGAAAUCUUCGCUUGUAUUUGCAAAGUUUCACCUAAGGCCUUCGAAAGUCUAAAGAGUCGAUAUUCAUUUUUGUUUUACGUGUUAUGCUUAAUUGUCAAAUUUGCACAAGUUAUAAUCUAUAUCUAUACACGAUCUCUUUAUGAUCUAUAUUUAGCAUCACUAAUGUCAAGAUUGGGUUAUUGAGUUAAUUUUCUUGUGCACUUUUAUAAAAUGAUCCAGGGUUAGCCAUGUUCUGUUCUAGGAAUUCUGCUCACGUAAAUGUCUCUGGCCUGGAAAGAGGAGUUUCAAACUUUCUAGUCACUCAUCGGUUUCUGAGCUUAUCGUUCUCAAGUUUUUAAUCAUAUUUUUGUUUGCUUGUUCAUCUUGCUGGCUGAUGGUCCCGAUUUUUAAUCUUACCCCAAACUACUUGAAAGCAUUCUACAGCCUCUGGUACAGAGUUUGACCCGAGUACUCUGAAUAUUUAUUUUACGCCUGGUCCCAAAUUGUUUUGCUCAAUAUGGAAACUCACCUUUGUUGCCUUUUACCUUUAACUAUUAAAAUUGAGUCAUGCCUAGGUUUUUUUCUCUCCUUGGCACCUAUUCAUUUGUAAGCAAGAAUCUGAUAAAGUAGGACACUUGAUAAUGUCAAAAUUAUGUCACGAUGGCAAGCAACACGUGGUGACGAUUUUCCCUUAAUUCUUGCAACCCAUUCAGUUAUUUACCUUGCAUUAGACCAAAGAGAACCUAUUUUAACAUGUUCUUAUUUCUCUCUCCUUGGACAGGACCGACAGCGCUUUAAAGUUUGGCUGGUUUUUCUUACUAUACCUGGUUGUCUUCUUGGCCGACUUUUUAAUAUAUAUUUCUGAUAUAUCGUGCUGUUAUUUUUUCCUUAUUACUGUCAUUAUCUUGUGCAGAUCCACAUUGCCUUCUGUAUUUUUGCUGCUAUUGCUCCUCCUAUUGUCUUCCAGGGGAAGUCACUGACGUAAGUAAUACUAUCAUCAUUUUCUUCGUAAGCCAAAAAUAGUAGAAAAAUAAUGGUGCUCACUUUGGCAUCGUGAAGAAGAUAUUAAAAUCUUGAAUUUAGGGUUCUCUAUUGAUGACGUUGCUGACAAGGCUUGAUCAUAAUUACUGAUGUUAAAAUUGGCUUUUAAUGCAUGGAGAAGUAAAGACCCCAAAUGAAAUCUAUUGCCAAUUUUUUUUUCUUGACCAAAUUGAGGUGGAAAUGGUGAAAAAAUUACUGGAAGCUGCCAUGACAGAGUACAAUAUACUCCAUACGUGGCUUUCCCACAAUCAUCCACGUGGUUGCCCCUCUCUCUCUCUCUCUCUCACUCUCUCUCACUCAUGCACGUUCAUGAGGCCUGAGCGAGGUCCGAACUUCAUUUGGGCUCAGACCUAGCACCUACUCCCCAAGCCCGGUACUGGACGGGCUUCUAUGGUAAUUAAUAGAGCAAGUGAUGCCAUCAGCACGCUCACGUCUUUUUUAAACGCAGAUAUGUAGUCACUUAAUUGAAGAGAUUGUACGGGGAUAUAAACAUCAUCAGAUGAAAGAAAAUCCCCUCCGUGAUGUCUAUUUUUGUCCACAAUGGUGAUCCAUUAUUUUAUUCUUUGCUCAUCCUGGACUCCUCGUGGCCUGUUUGCUAUUUUUGAAUGCAAACGUGCAAGUUCUGACCCACCUCCCCUCUUUUACCGUCUUUCAGGGGCAUCCUUGCGGCAAUCGAUACAUUCUCUGAUCACGUCCUAGUUGGGGUAAGAUAAUCUCGUACCAUCAAGGACACUACCCCUUGAUUACACGUUCGAUGGGCAUAUCGGCGCGAUGCUGAAUGGAUUUAUUUUCGUGAAACCUCCCUCUCUCUCUGUUGAUGGCUGAGUGAGAUACCUGCUUCAAGCUCUUCAAUUUUGUACGAGGGUUUUUUUUUUUUUUUGGCGCUCUUCAAAACCUGUCUUGAUUCCGAUUUUCUUUUUUCCUACGGACAUGUAUGAAUUUGUUUCGAUUUCUAGAUAACAUAUGGUUAGACUUUGAAUGACGUGCGCUUUUGCUGCCUCAGUUUGAACCUUUAUUUAUCUUCAUUACUGGAUGAAAUGUGUUUUUUUUUUUUUUUUUUUAAUACUUGAAUGAGGCGAGUGUUCCGAAAAUGUUUAGUUUUCGAUUGAACCUCUCGUGUUUUUUGAUGCCUAAAUGAAUUUUAUGUUUGACCUUUGAAUGGAGCGAGUGACGCAGCGGCUUCUGACCUGAACUUUUGUCCCGUUUGCCUGCAGAUUUUCUAUCUGAUUGGCUUCGGAUUCUUCUGUCUGGAGACGCUGCUGAGCUUUUGGGUGCUACAGGUUAGUGCUGUCAUACGCACCCUUUUUUGCUUCCUUUUUUUUUAUUUUUAAAGGAACUGCUAUUCGAAAUUUGUGUGUUUAUAUAUAUAUGUAUAUAUAUAUAUAUAUAUAUAUAUAUAGAGAGAGAGAGAGAGAGAGAGAGAGUCCCAAUCAUGGGUACAAUUCUUAAUCUCUCUCCCUCCCUUUACUGACAAAAUUCACUGCUGUUUCUUGGCCAAAUGCAGAAGAUCUACAUGUUCUUCCGGGGCAACAAGUGA